AUGAAUUUUUCAAACCAUUUCAUAAGCUCAACUAUUCAAUAUUCCUUGAAGCAAUUGUCAGAUUGCCGGCAUGGUUUUCUGGGGUUGGGUCACAAUGUUGGAGCAAUCUUCUUGAUUGUUAAUCCAGCUGAUGAAAGAUGUCAUGCUGUGAUCUUAGGCCCAUUAAUAUUAGCCAAAUCCUUCAGAACAGUCACAGCGGCCAAUGGUUCUCCCAUUCUAUUGGCUUUGUUCCCCUCUUGUUCCAACAAAUUCUAA